AUGUCUAGGGUAUCGGGAAUUAUCGACAAAGUCGCGAUUGACGCCCUGAGAAAAACCCUCUGGUACAGAUCAAAGUUCCGAAAGUGGAUAUCUCUGGAGAGACCGUGGACGAUCCAAGAUACUCUUCAUAAGGCCACCGACUUCAUCAUCAUGGAAGAAGAGAUGAAAGUCCUAGCGAACCAGUACAAGGAUAAUUCUUACUGCGAGUUCCAUCAGGCCAGAGGUCACUCAACCACCAACCGCAAAGUCCUCGGCGCCAGGCUCGCUGCAAAGCUCCUCGCUGGCGAGCUAGCAAAGGUCACGAGCAUAAAAGACCUGAUCCUGGAUUCCGAUCUCCCGCCGAAAACUGAUAAGGCCGCUCCCGAGAACAAUGCGCCUGAAAACCAGUCGGGCGAAAAACGCGGAAGGAGACAGGACAAUCAGGGAAACAAUAAUAAUUGCCAAAGAAUAAACAUGAUCAUCGGAGGAUCGCACUUCUUCCAAGACUCGGUCUCAUCGAUCAAAGCCUACGGGCGGAGAGCUGAGACCAGUUCAAACUGGCUUCCCGAAGACGACGUCCCUAACAACACGAUCGAUCUCGAGGUCGGUCGUAUCCUCGUCGAUACAGGAAGUACGGUCAACAUCAUGUUCCGCGACACCCUCCAAACGAUGAAGAUUCCGCUCGGAGAAGUCAUCCCGGAACCCAGACCCUUGACUGGAUUUUCUGGCAUCACCUCUAUGACCCUUGGGAUGAUCAAGCUCCCAUUCAUGGCUAAGGAAGUCACAAAUAUCGUCGACUUCGCAGUGGUCGACAACCCAGCCAUCUACAUCGUAAUCAUGGGAACCCCUUGGAUAAACACCAUGAAGGCAGUACCGUCCACAUAUCAUCUCGGCAUCAAAUUCCCGACUCCAACUGGAACCGCAGUAAUCUGGGAAAUCCAAAAACAGUCGAGACUUUGUGAUCUAGCCGAGCACAAACUGCGAAAGAAUCGGAACGCCUCCGCGGCUAACCCGAAAAGAGCGAAAAAAUCGCUACACAUUCCCGAGAACUCGGGAAAGGAUGACUUAGAUUCAUCCGACCUGGCAACGACUCAAGACGACGACAAAGUCCCUGAGUCCAUCGCCAUAGGAGCGGACAACUCAACUCCCGAAAAGACCACCGACCCAGCUAGUGCGGUCGAAACGUCAGCACUCAGGGAGUAG